AUGAAAACAAAUUUGGUUGGCGUGGGUGGUUUUGGAUCUGUCUAUAAAGGAAUUCUUGAUGCGAGUGGAACUAUAAUUGCUGGCAAGGUCCUCAGCCUUCUGCGUCUUGGAGCCUUUAGAAGCUUUCUUGUUGAGUGUGAAGCCUUGAGAAACAUCAGACAUCGAAAUCGUGUAAAGGUUCUUACAAUUUGUUCAAGUGUUGAUUGCCAUGGUAAUGAUUUUAAGACUCUAGUUUAUGAGUUCAUGGUCAAUGGAAGACUUGAAGAAUGGUUGCAUCCAACUGCUACAGAAGAUGAAGUGCAUCAAAACCAAAGAAAUCUAUAUCUGUUUCAAAGGUUGGAUAUCGCCAUUGAUGUUGCUGGUGUGUUGGAAUUUUUGCAUUAUCAUUGCAAAACACAAAUCAUUCAUUGUGAACUAAAGCCAAGCAUUGUUCUUCUCGAUAGCAAAAUGAUUGGACACUUGGGUGAUUUUGGCAUAGCAAUAUCCUAUCUUGGAAGCAACCAUAACUCUUCUACCACUUACUCCAACACUAUUGGAUUAAGAGGAACUAUUGGUUAUGCAGAGUAUGGUAUGGGAAAUGAAGUGUCAACCCAUGGUGAUAUAUACAGUUAUGGGAUCCUUCUAGUAGAAAUGUUCACGGGAAAGAGACCCACUGAUGAAAUUUUUUCGGGCACUCUAAACCUACAUUCCUUUGUCAAGACAACCUUGUUUCAAGGAGUAGCAGAGAUUACCGAUCCAAAUAUUUUCCAAGAAAUGAAAGAAGAGACAACUAGAGGCCAAGUUAACAACAUUACAAGAAGAAACAAAACUCAAGAGUGUUUGGUUUCGAUUUUUCAGAUUAGAGUUGCAUGUUCAGCUGAACAGCCAGAAAUACGAAUGAAUAUGAGAGAUGUUGUAGCUGAGCUUAAUUUAAUGAGAAAAAAUUUUCUUAAGAGGGGAACGAACAGAGGCAAUCGAAGAAUAAAUGGACCAUAA